CCCUGCUGGUUGCGGGUUUGGCCAUCCUUGGGGGAGUGGCGGUGCUCCUCUAGCCGCAGCCAGUGCGAGCGCAGAGCGACGUCGCAGAGAGGAUGACUUGUCUAUAUUCUCUCUCUCCCUAUCCCUCUUCACCACUCCUUCUGCCACUUCUUCUCCAUCUCUCCUCUCUUCUCUCUCCCUCUCCUACUACCCCUCGACCUGGCAGAGAGAGGAGUCGACGAUCGAUAAGCCGCAGCGCAGCGCCACACUGUGCUGCCUCCUCACCCGCAGGCCCAGCCCAGCGAAAGCCUAAGUCGUCCCUCGCCUCCCUUGCCCGCCCCCGCAUCUCUCCUUCUUUCCACCUCUCAGACCUCGACCGACCGUGACAAAUCUACACACGUCUUCACACUCACACUCCCUUGAUCACUCAAGUCGACAAGACGAGACGAGACGAGACAUGGCAUCUGACCCA